GAUAUGCUCGACUUAACAUUUGGAUUCAAGGCCUUGGGAGCAUUGGUUGCUCUUGUGAUGGCGGGCGGUUUGCUCCGCGUCAAGAUACAAUCAAGGUCACGCUUGCCUCUUCCCCCUGGACCCCCUGGACAUUGGCUAUUGGGAAACGCUUUCCCAAAAGAAAAGCAAUCUCAACAAUUUGCUGAAUGGAUUAAUACCUAUGGACCAAUCAUCUCGCUCCGGAUUGGGCCCAAGGUCAUGAUCAUCAUUGGUAGACAUCAGGAAUCCGUUGACAUCAUGGAAAAAGAAGGUGGUCUGCUAGCGGACCGUCCUCGUGCAGUUGCAGCGGGAGAGAUUCUGUCUGCCGGUUUACGUAUGAUCCUUGCACCCGCAGGAGAGCAGUUCCGGAGACUUCGCAAGGCCGCACACACUCACCUUCAAGCAAAGGCCGCAGAAUCUUAUGCGCCCAUUCAGAUGAACGCUGUCCGUGAUGUCAUCUCUGACAUUCUUGAUAACCCUAAAGAACACCAAGCGGCCGUGAAUCGCUAUGCCGCUUCAGUCGUCUUACGUGUCAUGUAUGGAAAGUCCACGCCCACCGCCGUAGAUGCUCCUGAGAUCAUUAUCAUCCACAAGAUGCUUAAGCGCUUCCAGAAUCUCAUGAGACCUGGUGCGUUAUUAGUAGAACGCUUCCCGAUAAUCAGAUACCUCCCGGGAUAUACAACCGAGUUGGAGGAAUGGAGAAGGGAAGAGAGUCAGCUCUUCCACGAUCAACUUAAUCGUGUUUCGAAGGAAUUGGCGUCCGGCAAAGCUGGACCCUCAUUUUCUCGGUACCUUCUCGAGAAUCAGUCUUCGCACAAGCUUUCAGACGAGGAAAUGGCUUAUCUCGCUGGUUCGCUCUUUGGCGCUGGUUCAGACACGACCGCUGUCGCAAUUAUGGUUGUCAUCAUGGCUGCUGCAUGCUAUCCCAAGGCGCAGGAGAAAGUGCAAGAGGAACUCGACACCGUCGUAGGUCGUGACAGGGCUCCCACGUUGGACGACUACGGCUCCCUUCCCCAGGUUGAGGCGUUCAUGCUUGAGUGUCUUCGUUGGAGGCCCGUGACAACUCUUGGAUUCGCCCACCGUGCCCUGACCGAUAUCCCAUACCAGAAAGACAUUUGCAUACCAAAAGGCGCUAUCGUCUUUGGCAACCACUGGGCUAUCUCGCGCGACCCGAACGUCUAUCCCAACCCUGACAAGUUUGAUCCUGAGAGAUGGCUCGACAGCGAGGGCAAAAUCCGAGAAGACCUCAAGUUCCCUUCGUACGGUUUUGGACGCAGAAUCUGCCCCGGGCGACACAUCGCGAAUCGCUCGAUUUUCAUCAACCUCGUGCUCCUCUUCUGGUCGUUCAAGAUCACGGAGGACCCAGAGAACCCUAUUGACCAAUCAGGCUUUGUGGAUGGCGUGAUUGCGCACCCAAAACGCUUCGCUGCGCGCUUCGAGCCACGGUUUGGAGACGAGGCGUCGUUGAGGGCUGUGAUGGCCAAGUAUGGAGAGGGGUUGUAGGAUCUUGGUCGUGAAGUAGUGAUGUAUGUAUAUAUAGCUUGGGAUGCGGUAAUAUUUUCGUGCUGAGCACUGAUAUUUUGGCACAUGUGUCCUACGGCGUAAAGGACAUUUAAGACAUUCUUUUUAGUGUCUGAAAUAGAUGUUACAUGGUUUCC